AAUGACUGGCCAAGAUAUUUGGGAAAGAAUAAGCAGUUUGUUCUUUUCAUUUUCAAAUGAAUUAAAUUCACAAUAUUUUUACAAUCAACUAGAAGAUAUAGAAGAUUUUAAAGAAUACUUUCCGAAUUGUGAAACAAUAAGUUCUUUUCAGGAGGAUAUUAAAGCUAAAAAAAUUUGUGCAAAACUUUUAAAAUUUUUAGAAUCUGAUAAAAUAUCAAUAAAUAAAAAUGAUGAGUAUGAUGUUUGUAUGCUUUUAAGUUUCUGGGUAUAUAGUAAGUUAUAUGAUAUUUUGAAAACUAAAGGCGAAAAUUAUGUUAAUAUAGCUUACGGAGAACUUCAACAAUUAUGGACUGAUUUUAUUGAUGUUAAACUAAAAAAACCUAAGAAUAAAACAUGUAGACCUAUUUUUGAGCUUGUUCUUUAUAAUGACUGGAAAAAAAGAAAGGAACUAUAUGAAUAUUAUGUUGAUUAUUCUGCACUUAGUAAAACUCUUGUAGGUUAUAAACAAAGGUGCAAAGAAUUCUAUAAAUAUGUAGAAAGCAAGAGAUCACUAUAUAAUCAUUUUAAGGAACCUUGUCUUUUAGGGGAUACAAAGAAAUGUCCCGAUUUUUAUGCCAAAUGUAAACAAUACGAUCCAGACAUAGUACUACCACAUUCUGAUUGUCCUAAUGAAAUAAUGAAAGAACAUCUUGCCGCUGCGUCUAGGGGUCAACCAAGAGAAAAAGCACUUUCAGGUAGUGAACCCAUCUCAGAAGAGAGAGACGGUCGUAUGCUGCCUCACGAUGCUCCCAAAUUUAGUGGAAAUCCUAAGACUGUAGAAAAUGUUGGUAAUAUUCUUCUUGGUGUAGUUGCAACUACUAUGACAUCUGGCGCUUUAUAUAGAUUUACACCCUUAGGAGGCAUGAUACGCAAUGGACUUGGAUGGAACAAUAACAAUAUGAGUAAUAUAAAUGGAGGAGACUUUAGAUUAUACGAUUAUGCAUCAGAACCAUUUAAUCCAUAUCCAGGAGAGGAACAUUAUAUUGGAUACCAUCCAGCGUAA